AUGUCAGGCUAUCCAGGUGGUCACAACGACCACUAUGACGAAGCUUACGGUCAUCACGGCAGCAACACUCAAGGAAAUGCGGACUCGUAUUAUCAGGACGAUCAGUACUAUGAUAAUGGUUACGAUGCCCGUGGGGGCCACGGAGGUCAAAACGGAGAUGGGUAUUAUGAUGAAUCCGGCUAUUAUAAUGCCGAUCCGAAUAAUCCUUAUCAUCAAGAUGGUGGCUACUACGAUGGGCAUGACCAGUAUCAAGAUGAAUACUACAACGGCCAAGGUGGCUACUACGAGCAGGACUACAAUCAAGGCUACGGUGGACACGGCGGCCGCCAUGGGUCUGAGGAGGAUUCGGAGACAUUUAGCGACUUCACAAUGAGAUCGGAUAUGGCUCGCGCCGCCGAAAUGGACUAUUACGGCCGCGGAGACGAACGUCAUAACAGCUAUGGUGAUGGCCAACGUGGUUAUCGACCUCCUUCCUCACAGAUUUCGUACGGUGCCAAUCGCUCCUCCGGCGCAUCGACCCCCAAUUAUGGAAUGGACUAUGGCAAUGUGCUUCCAGCUGGCCAGCGCUCCCGGGAACCAUAUCCCGCCUGGACAUCUGACGCUCAAAUUCCAUUGUCUAAGGAAGAAAUCGAGGAUAUCUUCUUGGAUCUCACCGGAAAGUUUGGAUUCCAGCGUGAUAGCAUGAGGAACAUGUACGACCACCUUAUGACUCUACUUGACUCCCGUGCUUCCCGCAUGACGCCUAACCAAGCAUUGCUUUCUCUCCACGCCGACUACAUCGGAGGCGACAAUGCCAAUUAUCGCAAAUGGUAUUUUGCGGCUCACCUCGAUCUAGACGAUGCUGUUGGUUUCGCCAACAGUACAACCAAGGGCUUACGCCGCAAAGCCAAGAAUAAGAAGAAGAAGAAGAAGAAGAAUGCGGACGAAAAUGUCAACGAAGCUGACGCGCUCCAGGAUUUGGAAGGGGACGAUAGUUUGGAAGCGGCCGAGUUCCGCUGGAAGACUCGCAUGAACCGCAUGUCACAGCAUGACCGUGUCAGGCAGAUUGCCCUCUACCUCCUUUGCUGGGGCGAGGCCAACCAAGUGCGAUUCAUGCCGGAGUGCUUGUGUUUCAUCUUCAAGUGUGCAGAUGACUAUCUUAAUUCCCCCGCUUGUCAGGCCCUUGUUGAGCCAGUUGACGAGUUCACUUAUUUGAACAAUAUCAUCACGCCUCUCUAUCAGUAUGUUCGCGAUCAGGGAUAUGAGAUUCUUGAUGGCGUGUAUGUGCGCCGCGAACGUGAUCACAAACACAUAAUUGGAUACGAUGAUUGCAACCAGCUCUUCUGGUACCCAGAAGGCAUUGAGCGCAUCGUUCUACAAGACAAGAGCAAACUGGUUGAUGUACCGCCGGCAGAGCGCUACAUGAAGCUGAUGGAGAUCAACUGGAAGAAAUGCUUUUUCAAAACAUACAAGGAGUCGAGAUCCUGGUUCCACCUUCUCGUUAAUUUCAACCGAAUUUGGAUCAUUCAUCUCACAAUGUUUUGGUUUUAUACAGCACACAACGCCCCGUCACUUCUUGUCGGCAAAGAUUAUCAACAGCAGCUGGACCAACAGCCGCCUGGAUCCAGACACCUCGCAGCUGUCUCUAUUGGCGGAGCCAUAGCAUCCCUUAUUCAGGUUUUGGCCACCCUGGCUGAAUGGGCGUAUGUUCCCCGUCGAUGGGCUGGCGCCCAGCAUCUCACCAAGCGCCUUCUUUUCUUACUCCUCAUCUUCGUCAUCAACAUUGCCCCAGCGAUCAAGGUUCUCUUCAUGCCCACCAAGCUAAAACAGUCGGGUGAUGUCGAUGUCGAUUACAUCAUUGGUAUCGUCAACUUCAUUGUGGCAGUAAUUACCUUCUUAUUCUUCUCAGUCAUGCCUCUAGGUGGCUUGUUUGGUAGUUACUUGACCAAAAACUCGCGUCAAUAUGUCGCAAGCCAAACAUUCACAGCCAGCUGGCCACGUCUGAAAGGAAAUGACAUGGCAAUGUCUUUUGGACUAUGGCUGACUGUUUUUGGGGCCAAAUUUGGAGAGUCGUAUGUAUAUCUUACACUCUCCUUCCGAGACGUUAUUCGGUACCUGUCAAUCUUCAAGCCCAAAUGCAUCGGUGACAAUAUUGUUCAGACAUAUUUGUGUACCAACCACACAUACAUUUUACUGGGCCUCAUGGCGUUUACAGAUUUAAUCUUUUUCUUCCUGGACACUUACCUCUUCUAUGUCCUUUUGAACACAAUUUUUUCUAUUGCCCGAUCUUUCUAUAUCGGCUCCUCAAUUUGGACACCUUGGAGAAACAUAUUUUCUCGUUUGCCCAAGCGUAUUUACUCCAAGGUUUUGGCAACUACGGACAUGGAGAUCAAGUAUAAGCCGAAGGUGCUGAUUUCGCAAGUCUGGAACGCCAUUGUCAUUUCAAUGUAUCGUGAGCAUCUGCUGGCGAUAGAUCACGUACAGAAACUGCUUUAUCACCAGGUACCUUCUGAGCAGGAGGGGAAAAGGACGCUGCGAGCCCCUACAUUCUUCGUUUCACAGGAAGAUCACUCUUUCAAGACCGAGUUCUUUCCAAGUCAGAGCGAAGCGGAACGCCGAAUCUCGUUCUUCGCCCAGUCGCUGUCGACUCCUAUUCCCGAACCGCUUCCUGUCGACAAUAUGCCGACUUUUACAGUUAUGAUCCCACAUUAUAGUGAGAAAAUUCUUCUCUCACUUCGUGAAAUCAUUCGCGAAGACGAGCCAUAUUCACGCGUCACGCUGUUAGAGUAUCUCAAGCAAUUGCACCCGCAUGAAUGGGACUGUUUCGUGAAGGAUACCAAGAUUCUUGCAGAUGAAACCGCUCAGAUGAAUGGCGACCCGGAAAAGGAUGAAAAAGACACCGCCAAGAGCAAAAUUGACGACCUCCCCUUUUACUGUAUCGGGUUCAAAUCGUCUGCUCCCGAGUACACGCUGCGAACUCGCAUCUGGGCUUCACUUCGCUCGCAGACGCUAUAUCGUACCAUUUCUGGUUUCAUGAACUACAGCCGAGCUAUCAAGUUACUCUACAGAGUAGAAAACCCUGAAGUAGUGCAAAUGUUUGGGGGAAAUUCGGAUAAAUUGGAACGAGAACUUGAGCGAAUGGCUCGCCGGAAGUUCAAAAUUGUCGUUUCGAUGCAACGCUAUUCGAAAUUCAAGAAAGAAGAGAUGGAGAAUGCUGAAUUCCUGCUUCGCGCCUAUCCUGAUCUUCAGAUCGCUUAUCUGGACGAGGAACCCCCCCUGGCAGAAGGUGAUGAGCCAAGACUCUAUUCAGCUCUCAUUGAUGGGCAUUCUGAGAUAAUGGAGAACGGAAUGAGGCGACCCAAAUUUAGAAUUCAGCUUUCGGGUAAUCCUGUCUUGGGUGAUGGAAAAUCUGACAACCAGAACCACUCGUUGAUUUUCUAUCGGGGGGAAUAUAUCCAACUUAUCGAUGCCAACCAAGACAACUACCUGGAAGAGUGUCUCAAAAUUCGCAGUGUCCUUGCAGAAUUUGAGGAAAUGAAAACGGAUAACGCCUCACCGUAUACACCCGGUGUCAAGAACGAGAUCAGGACUCCAGUUGCUAUUCUUGGCGCCAGAGAGUAUAUUUUCUCCGAAAAUAUUGGUAUUCUGGGCGACGUGGCUGCUGGAAAGGAACAAACAUUCGGCACACUUUUUGCGAGAACUUUGGCUCAGAUUGGAGGCAAGCUUCACUACGGUCAUCCGGAUUUUCUGAAUGGUAUCUUCAUGACUACCCGCGGUGGUGUGUCAAAGGCACAGAAAGGUUUACAUUUGAACGAGGAUAUCUUUGCCGGCAUGAACGCUAUACUUCGCGGCGGACGCAUCAAACACUGCGAGUACUAUCAGUGUGGAAAGGGCCGUGAUCUUGGUUUCGGCUCCAUCCUGAAUUUCACCACGAAGAUUGGAACAGGUAUGGGCGAACAGAUGCUCUCCCGCGAGUAUUACUACCUGGGAACACAACUGCCGUUAGACAGAUUUUUGUCUUUCUACUAUGCCCACCCCGGUUUCCACGUCAACAAUAUGUUCAUCAUGCUGUCAGUACAGCUGUUCAUGUUGUGUCUGAUCAAUUUUGGUGCCCUGAGGCACGAGACAAUCCCUUGCGACUACAAUCCUGACAAGCCCCACACCGACCCGUUGUACCCUACUGGUUGUGCCAACACCGACGCAGUGAUGCAGUGGGUACAGCGCAGUAUCUUCUCUAUCUUCUUCGUGUUCUUCCUAUCCUUCGUGCCUCUAAUUGUUCAGGAACUCACGGAACGUGGUAUGUGGCGUGCUUUGGUCCGCUUCCUGAAGCAGUUCUUUUCUCUGUCUCCAUUUUUCGAGGUGUUUGUUUGCCAAAUUUACGCGAACUCCGUGCAGCAGGACCUUUCAUUUGGUGGCGCUCGAUACAUUGGAACAGGGCGAGGUUUUGCUACAGCCCGUAUCCCAUUCGGGGUACUCUUCUCCCGUUUUGCUGGGCCUUCGAUCUAUUUUGGUGCCAGAUUAUUGAUGAUGUUACUCUUCGCAACGAUUACUGCUUGGCAAGCCGCGCUGACCUACUUCUGGAUCACGCUUCUUGGGCUUACAAUAUCUCCGUUCUUAUACAACCCACACCAAUUUGCAUGGAACGACUUCUUCAUCGAUUAUCGGGACUUCCUCCGUUGGUUGUCCAGGGGCAAUUCAAGGAGCCAUGGGCAAUCCUGGAUUGCCUUUUGCCGCCUUUCGCGCACAAGAAUCACGGGAUAUAAGCGCAAGGCUCUCGGUGAAGCAUCGGCAAAGCUAUCCGCUGAUGUUCCACGAGCUGCUAUUGCCAACAUUUUCUUCACGGAGAUAUUCACGCCUUUAUUGCAAGUUGUCUGGACGAUGAUACCCUAUUUAUUUAUCAACGCGCAGACCGGCGUUGAACAAUUCAAUAAUGAGGACAUUAACAACGUGGAGAGCUACUUGAAACCUACCGCCAGCCUCAUUCGAGUACUUGCUAUCGCCUUGGCACCGAUCGGUAUUAACGCCGGCGUACUAGCAGCAAUGUUUGGAAUGGCCUGCUGUAUGGGUCCCGUACUAAGCAUGUGCUGCAAAAAAUUUGGCAGCGUGCUUGCAGCUAUUGCCCACGCUAUGGCGGCUGUUAUUAUGCUGAUCAUGUUUGAAGGCAUGUUUUUCUUGGAGGGCUUGAACUUUGCACGAACGCUGGCCGGUAUGAUAGCUGUGAUUUCAAUCCAGCGGUUCGUCUUCAAACUCAUCGUGGCAAUUGCUCUGACCCGCGAGAUGAAAACCGACCAGUCCAACAUUGCAUUUUGGACGGGCAAAUGGUACUCCAUGGGCUGGCACUCUUUGUCGCAGCCAGGUCGCGAGUUCCUUUGCAAAAUCACAGAACUCAGCAUGUUUGCCGCCGAUUUUAUCCUCGGGCAUUGGCUGCUAUUCAUGAUGCUACCGGUCAUUCUAGUUCCGCAGGUGGACAAGCUGCAUUCGAUGAUGCUCUUCUGGCUGAAACCAAGUCAGCAAAUUCGACCACCCAUUUAUUCUAUGAAGCAGUCUAAAUUGCGUCGUCGACGAGUUACUCGAUAUGCCAUCCUCUAUUUUGUUUUAUUGGUCGUUUUUGUUGGCCUCAUCAUUGGACCGGUCGUGCUGAAAAAGGCAAAUGUGUUGAAACCUGACGACUUCAAGAAGUGGUACAAGGAUCUCAAGAUCAGUGACAUGCGUCUCAUGCAGCCCAACUUCCUAAACAAUAAGAACACACAUCAAAGUUCAGAGACUGGUACAGCCAACCCAACCUACUCAUACCCGUCCAACUACGACACUUCGUCAGAGUCUGGCUCCUCGGCACAAACAACAUCCUAA